AUAGACAACCAGAUUUUCAUAAUCCCAUUUCAAUCAACCAAACCGUUCCACGAUGCCACAAUCAAAGUCUUACUUCUCCUUUGAUUGGUGAUUCUAAAGGUUCUGUAACCCAACAAAGAUCAAUUCUGAAAACCCGCAACACAGAAAACUACAAAAAGGACAUAAAAUUUCAUUGAGGUAAUGCAAGGUUGGUUAUAACUAAAGAUGCUCUUGUAUCAAAGUGUGCCAAAAAACAGGAAGUUUAUUAGAAUUAUAUAUUUAUUAUUCUGAAGGCGUUCUUAUCUGAGAAAGAACUACUGGACUUUUCGGAUCGACGGCUGAGAAGCAAUAAUACAAGUUGCAAGACCAUCCAACUAAUCACAUCUGCAGGUUUCGGAAAAGAAUCUCAUCCAUAGGUUUUAAAAAAUCAACGGUUCAAAUUCACCUCAAACAUAUAUGUUUCCAGAUCUAGGAUUGUUUUGAGUUUAUAUGGCAACUUUUGCAGCCUCGUCGAAGAACAGACCAGAGCCGUUCUGAAAAAUUUCUCGGAAAAUCUCAUCACAGAUGUCAUCACCUAAGUCAAAUACACCGGCAGGAAGACCGUCAUUGCUAUGGAUGUUAUCUAUCCAAUGAAAAGAAAUGGCACAUUACUGAGUAGAAGAUGGGUUUUAUUUCUAAUCUUCCCAUUGGCAUCGAAACCAGCUAAAUAAGUACUCGAUAUGCCACUUUUUCAACUCUGGCGAAUUUAUAUCGUCUGCAGAUUUAAGGUUUUAUGAGUUUUAUUCGGGGUUAUCAACAUUGCUGCAGACAAUGCUCUGAAGAGGGCUGAAGGUUAGUACUACGCCCAUUCUUGGUUAAUGUUUUUACCUGCUCAGAAUUCAACAAAGAAGAACAAGUGAAACAAUGAACGUCAAAGGGACACUAGAAGUUUGGAAAAUGGGAAUAGUUAAAUACUCAAAUUCACUAAAACUCCAAGAAGAACUUGUUAAUAAGAGGCGGAUGGGAAUCAUUCCGAAUACACUCUUAUCUUUACAACACCCUCCCACAUACACACUUGGAAAGCGGAGAACAGAUCAUAAUUUGCUUGUUACUCAAACUGAUCUUAAAAACAUUGGAGCUGAAAUAUAUUACACCCAAAGAGGUGGAGAUGUAACUUUUCAUGGACCUCAACAAGCCAUUUUGUACCCAAUCAUCUCUCUCAGAGAAUUUGGACUUGGUGCCAGAAGAUAUGUUGAAAAUUUAGAAAAUACCAUGAUCAAAUUGGCAUUGUUAUAUGGGAUUGAAGCUCGGCAUGGCAUGAAAGGAGAAACAGGAGUUUGGGUCUCAAAUAGAAAGAUAGGUGCAAUUGGUGUAAGAAUAUCUUCAGGAAUUACUUCUCAUGGCUUGGCAUUCAAUAUAGACCCAGAUUUGAGUUUCUACUCACAUAUUGUGCCUUGUGGUAUUCCUGACAAAGAAGUAACUUCUCUUAGAAAAGAAUCUCAAAUGCCAUUUCCAGAAGAUAUUGUGAUUACAAAUCAGCUUAUUGAGUGCUUCAUUGAUGUUUUUGGCAUUCAAGAUGUAACAUACAAAGAUGGUAUGUCUGUUUUAGAUCACAUUGAAGAUUCUAAUUGAGCAAUUUUUUUGCUUUUCAUUCA